AUGGCCACAAUUGCCCCGCUCGCUGGAAGCUUUGCGCUCAUUUUUGGAGGAUGUUGUUCGAAUGUUUACUGUCUUGAGGCCAUUGUAAAACAUGAACCCGAUAGCGGUCUUUUGAUCACUCUCUUCCAAUUUGUCUUCACGUGUCUAUCGACUCUCCAUUACCAGUUCGACCCAAGGUGCCGGUACUUCGUCAAGCCUUCCCCAGUCCCGUUCCGGAAAUGGUGCAUCAGCGCAGCGUUGUUUUUUACUGUCAACAUGAUGAACAACUGGGCUUUCGCGUUCGAUAUCUCUGUUCCCGUCCACAUCAUCCUUCGUAGCUUUGGAAGUGUCACCACUAUGGCUGCUGGUUGGAUGCGCGGGAAAAAGUACACUCCUGUGCAGAUCUUCUCUGUGGCGGUAUUGACUCUGGGAGUCAUGGUGUCGGCCUGGGCGGAUGCAAUGUCGAAAGGCAAAACAAUGGAUACCUCCGGCAUCGACCUCACCAGCUCGAAUUUCGAGCUGGGUCUCCUUGUCCUCUUGAUCGCCCAAUUCCUAUCCGCUUACAUGGGCGCCUACGUCGAGGACAUCUAUCUGCAACAUGGGAACCACUGGCAAGCCAACUUGUUCUACUCACAUCUGCUCUCACUUCCUCUCUUCGCGAGCUUCGCCCCAAUCCUCUACAACCAGUUCACUCGGCUCCAGUCGUCCCAACCUUUCCAAGUUCCGCCAUCCAUCGCCGCCAACCUCCCUCCAACGGUCAACAAAGCUCUCGCUUCCACCUCCCAGCAUGUCAUCUACCUCACCGCAAACGCAGUGACGCAACUGCUGUGCAUUACGGGAGUGAACAUUCUCAGCGCCAACACGUCUGCUGUCACGGUCACCAUUGUACUGAAUAUCCGGAAGCUUGUGAGCUUCUUGCUGAGUAUUUGGCUAUUCGGGAACCAGAUGAGUGGAUUGAUGAAGGUAGGGGCUGCGAUGGUGUUUGGCGCUGGGGCGCUGUAUGGGUGGGAGACUUCGUAUAAUAUCCCGAAGAAGAGAAGGGAUGCUGCUGAGAAGGGGAAGAAGAACCAAUUACGUUCUGGUCCACGGGUGCGCACCAUGUCUUCCCCGAGCGGCGUGCGGCAUCGCGGUCCCAAGGACAAGAAACGACCUACUACCCCGAACCCUGAGGUCGUUGCCGAGAAGGCACAUGAAGUUCUGGACAAGGUGAAGCCGAGGUUGGUGCCUAAGAAGAACGCGGAGUGGGAUUAUCGAAUUGCGAUUGCGAUUAUCACGGUGCUCGCUUUUGUUACACGAUUCUGGUUGAUUACACAUCCCACGCAGGUGGUUUUUGACGAGGUUCACUUCGGAAAGUUUGCUUCAUACUAUCUACAACGAACCUACUUCUUCGAUGUCCACCCGCCUCUUGGAAAGCUCCUGUUUGCCUUCGCCGGUUGGCUUGUGGGAUACGAUGGAUCCUUCUUGUUCGAUAACAUCGGCGAUUCCUACAUUACCAACAACGUGCCGUAUGUUGCGUACCGCGCCAUGCCCGCUACCCUCGGAGCUCUCACCGUCCCGACCGUCUUCUUGAUUAUGUGGGAGUCUGGAUACUCCCUGCCGGCGUGUGUCACGGCAUCCGGUUUACUUUUGUUCGAUAAUGGUCAUAUUGGCGAGGACCGUCUGAUCCUCUUGGACGCCUCUCUGAUCUUCUUCAUGGCCACCUCCCUCCUGGCAUAUGUUCGAUUCUACAAGCUCCGACAUGUGCCUUUCAGCCGCAAGUGGUGGAAAUGGCUCUUGCUCACCGGCGUCUCACUGAGUUGUGUCAUUUCCAUCAAAUAUGUCGGACUUUUCACCUUCUUUUCUAUUGGCAUCCCCGUUCUCAUCGAUCUGUGGGACCUUAUGAACAUCAACCGUCGCCAGGGAGCCCUGACGCUGCAAGAAUUUGGAAAGCACUUUGCUGCUCGCGCCCUUGCACUCAUCAUCAUUCCAUUUUUCCUUUAUCUGUUCUGGUUCCAAGUGCAUUUCUCCAUUCUCACUCGGUCGGGACCUGGGGAUGACUUUAUGAGCCCGGAGUUCCAGGAGACUCUGAGUGACAACGUUAUGACAUUGCAGUCUGUUGGUAUCGAGUAUUUCGAUACCAUCACCAUCCGCCAUAAGGAAACCAAGGUCUAUCUCCACAGCCACCUUGACCGCUACCCCCUUCGUUAUGAGGAUGGCCGUAUCUCAUCCCAAGGUCAACAGGUCACCGGAUACCCUCAUAACGACACCAACAACCAUUGGCAAAUUCUUCCCUUCACCACUGUGAACAUGGAAGAAGCCAAUGGCAAGCGCUUCAACGAUACACUCUUCGAGAUCCGUGUUGAGGGAACCAAGGGCAAGCAAGACUUCAAGACCAUGUCUUCCCACUUCAAGCUCAUCCAUGUCCCCACCAAGGUGGCCAUGUGGACCCAUACUACUCCACUCCCUGACUGGGCCUACAAGCAGGCUGAGAUCAACGGCAACAAGAACGUGCAGCAAACCAGUAACAUCUGGUAUGUUGAUGACAUUCCCUCGUUGCCUGUCGACAGCGAGCGCAACAAGAAGGAGCCGCGCCAGGUGAAGCACAUGUCCUUCCUGAGGAAGUAUAUUGAACUUCAACGGGCCAUGUUUUUCCACAACAAUGCUUUGACAAGCUCCCAUCCCUAUGCAUCAUUCCCCAUUUCUUGGCCAUUCCUGCUCCGUGGUGUCUCCUUCUGGACGCACAAUGACACCCGCCAGCAAAUCUACUUCCUCGGGAAUCCGCUUGGCUGGUGGCUUGCAUCCUCUCUGCUGGCAGUCUUUGCCGGCAUCAUUGGCGCUGACCAGCUGGCUCUCCGUCGUGGCAUGGAUGCCCUCGACAUCCGUACUCGAUCACGCUUGUACAAUUCGACAGGCUUCUUUUUCUUGACAUGGCUGGCCCACUACGUUCCCUUCUACCUCAUGGGCCGCCAGCUCUUCCUCCACCACUAUCUCCCCGCACAUCUAGCCUCCACCCUCGUAACAGGUGCUCUUGUCGAAUUCAUCUUCAGCAUGGAGCCCCCCGAGAUCGAUUCGCCUCCGGCUGGAUCCGCUCCUGGAGCUGUCAAGGGACACCGUAGGACAAAAUCCAGACCUGUGCGGGAGCGCGUCUCUUCGCAGAGCUUGCUUGGCAGCUGGAUCGCGACCAUUGUCAUCCUGGCUGCGGUGUUCUGGUGCUUCCUGUUCUUCGCGCCGCUGACGUAUGGGAAACCGGGGCUUACGGUACCGCAGGUCAAUGCGAGGAAGUGGUUGGCGUACGAUUUGCACUUUGCGAAAUAA